CCCAGACAUUUUUACAUUUGAUAGUGAAGAUUUUUCAUUUUCAUGAAGUAAUCGUCGAAGUCGAUUUCUUUGCUUUUCCUACGUGCAGCGCGCCGUUUUAAUACUUUUAUUUCGUAGAAACAAGCCGAGUUUCAGUUUCUUCAUUUGCCGGGGAACAACGUGGACCACCUCCUCCACGGGAAAGACAAGGAGGAGUGCGACUCCGACUGUUUGGCCAUGACCACCUAGUAGUAUCUAUACAACUAGCUUCUUGUUCAAAAAUGGCCGGCGUCGCGAGAUGGGUGGUGCAUCUGCUUGUGGUGAGGGUGUUGAUACUAUUAAACACAACGACCUCGUCCUGGUCGAGGUGGUCGUGGUCCCCGUCUUACAACACCUCCAAGACGUCGAGCCCGCUUGAUGUUCGUCUUGGUGUUCAGGAGGAGUGCAACAGCCCUGAUAUGAUCUCAGCGGGGGUCGUUCUUGCCCUGCGUGUAGUGGAUGAAGAGGAUGAUGUUUUCCUGGGACGAAGGAGAAGGACCACUUCAAGGAGUUUUUCCUCGACCGCGCCAAGAAAUAUUAAAGGUGGACUUCUAGGAAAUUUUCUUCGGAAGAACAAUAACGGUAGAAGCAAAUUGGGUGUUGAUCCUCGUCCUCCCGCUGUUAAAAAUCGUGCAUUUGACUCUGCUAUCAACUUUUCCUGUUAUGCGCAAUCUUCAUCCUCCCAGACGAGCACGUAAAGAAGGACGCGAUGGGCUACUGGAAAGAUCAGAUAGAUUUGGCUGUGGUUCGCGGGCGCGCCGAGCCGGAUAGGAAUGUGUCAACCGUGAUGAGGAUCUUUCCGCACGAAAAGAACAAGACGCCCGAGGAACGAUUAGUCGAAGGAACGGAAACCGAAACUGACAGCGGCAUCGAGAUAAGCUGGGACGCGCGAAGCUUGUCUUCUGGUAGCUUCGGAACCGUGACGGAGGUGUCCAAUAAUCCACCACGCCCUUUUUUUUUUCCGGAUCAGCAAACGAUGCCCGACCACCAAGUCGUCAAAGUAGUAGAGUGUCCGAAUAAAAAUUCUCCGAAUGCAGAACAGUGUCUGGAUGAACACGUUCCCGAGGUCAUCUUCAACGUAAUCCUCAGCCGUACUGCGCAAGAUUGUGUGGCAAGAAUGUCCCGUCUUGUUGUAAGCUCUGAUCUGAAUAGCGAGGGAGAGCUGAAGACGCGCCUUUUCUUUUUUCUUGAAAAGGUAGAAAUGCUCGCCACCACCAGCCCGAAUGCAGGAAUGAUCCCGCCUCCGGCGAGUGAUCUCGGAAAGGAGAGGCUGACCCGGGCAUUAUUCGCGUGUUACGCCGACACUUUUGCAGACCUCGGGCUUGCGCACAACGACGUAAAGCCUAACAAUAUUGGCUACACGGGAGACGAAGCCUGGCAAGCGGAGGCUUCGGUGAGGGUGUUUGACUUCGACAUGAGCAGUUUUAUCGCCGUGAAGGACGCCGGGGCCACCGUAGAGGGCGAAAGCGCCACCCUCAUGACAGGGAGCGUCAUGCUCGGACGUGAUCCAAAUUCAGACCCAGGUGUUCAUUGGCGGUCCAUCAGCAGUAAGCAGGUGCAAACCAUCUUCACAAGGCUCAACCCCAACGAGAAUAUAGAGCAGUCGUGCCCGGCCUGUUUGAAACCAUUCGCGCAGUAUUUCCACCUUCUCCCAGGGCCGCCUCCUAGUGAUUCUGAGGCUAGCCCGAGCCCGCUCCAGCUUGAUUUUCUCCAGCACCCUUCCUGCGUUGGCUCUCCGGGAUUUAAUCACCCGCUUCUGGAGUGGUAUCCCUGGCGAUGGUUCCAACACCAUGCCGCGCCCUACAAAACCAACGACGCCAGCGGGGCUCUUCAAAUUGGGUGUUGGUCCUCGUCCUCCCGCUGUUAAAAAUCUGCAAAGGGUGCCCACUUCUCGCCAUGCUGACAGGGCAUUUCUCCUGCAAAAUACGCAUCACCAGGGGGCUGGGGCUGCAGAACCUGCGACGUUAGGCCGUGCAUUCCAGGCGUGGGAGAGCUUCGAAAAACUGCAUGACAAAUCUCGGAGCCUCCCAGACGACCCAGACAACAUUUUUGCAUUUGAUAAGCAGCGACGGAGCACCAUGCGGCCGGUGUCGGCACGGGGCCCCCGGGACGUGAACUGGUACAAGAAUCUCGGGGGCGGGAUCGUCCGUCAAGACCAAGAACCACAAGGGAGGACCCAGGUGGGCGCGCGGGAAGUAGUACUGGGGGUAUGCACUGCAAAAGUAUCGUACUCGUCGUAUAAAUGCAUUACAGAUUUCCUCAGCAUGAGAAAAAAAAUUUGUAAUGCGGAUUUACCUUAAGAAAAAAAUUUGUAAUACAUGAUUCAUUGCAAUACGAGUGCGAUACUUUUGCACAGGAUAGGGGGAGAAAGACAGCCACUCGUUGUCCGAGCCGGUGUACUACGCGAUGAAGGUGAUUUAUGCAAAAUAAAAAGUGUUACAAUAUUUACACACAGUGUUGCAAGACAUGCAAGGCAGACGACCUCUGUCAUGCGCAAAAGGCUUGCGAGUCUCGUUUCGUGUGUGUUUUGCCUUAUGAUUUCUGCAUUACAAGUUCCGUCAUGCGAAGAAAAUUUGUGAUGCUGAAUUCACGUGCAAGUGUGUAACUGUAACACUCUGUUUUUCCUUGCAUAUGAUUGAUGAGAGGCCUUACCAGGAGCGCAGCAUGGCAGACCAGCUGUUUCUAUCCUGUGCAAAAGUAUCGUACUCGUACUAAUUGCUUCUAUGCAUUACAAAUCUUUUUUUUAAAGGCAAAUCCGCAUUACAAAUUUAAUUUGUGUUGAUCCUCGUCCUCCCGCUGUUAAAAAUCUUCUUAGUUCUCGUGCUGCUCACAGAAGAAGUGCAAGAACUUCUUAUCCUAAGCAAAAACGUCCCCACCCCAGAGUCAAGAUGGGGACUUUGCAACACAAAGCUAGGAGUUUUGGGAGUCACG